AUGUCUGCUUCCGGUUUCUAUAAUGCACCUAUCACAAAAGCAUUGUUUUUCGGUAUUGGUGGCUGCUCAAUAGCUGCCGUUAUGCUAACCAAUAAAUCCAAUUCUAUCUCGCAGUCAAUUCAUCAAGUUGUUAAUCACAGUGAGUUUUUGAGACUGCUAACUACGUACAGUGGAUUUUCUGGGACAAGCGAGUUGAUUGGUGGUUGGAUAAUUCUGUAUCAUUUACGCUUAAUAGAGCGUCAAUUUGGAUCUGCUAAAUACGCUGCUUUCUUGUUUGCCUCGACUGCAUUGUCGACUUUAUUUGAAUUGGGAGUGUCUCUUCUCGGAAGGUCUUUUGGUUUUACGUACGCAUCGACAAGUCCGUAUGCGUUAAUAUUUGCUGGUCUAUAUCAAUAUCAACAGAUCAUUCCUGAUGAACAUAAUUCUCAGUCGUAUGGAUUAUCAUUAAAUAACAAAUUUAUACCAAACACGGCUGGAUUGCUGUUACUGCUUAGCAAAUAUCCCCAUUCAACAAUAUCUGGGAUAUGUGGAUUAACGGCAGGUGCUAUAUACAGGAGUGAUAUGCUCAAGUUGUCCAGAUGGCGGUCGCCUGAAUUUCUCAACAGAUUUGCUUCCAGUUUCCUACUUCCGAUUAUAGGAUCAUCUCAACCACGAAGACCCUCCAAUUCAUCUAGUGCGAUGCUUGACGAGAAUACGCCUGGAACAUCUGAUACAACGAGAGGAAGCGAUAGUCAUGAGAUUCCAACUACACCACCUUUAACUGUCAACAGAGAUGCCAUAGCCAAUUUGCAAGCCAUCUUCCCAGAUAGUGACGAAAGCACUAUUAUACGUGCUCUUCGUGAUUCUGAUAAUGAUAUGAAUCGAGCUGUUCAAUAUCUACUAGAUCAUUCAUAA